AUGAGCUGCAGGAAGUUUAAUGCGCCGAGACAUGGAUCCUUGCAGUUCUGCCCGCGAAAGAGGUCGAAGACAAUCAGGCCUGCUGCGGGGGCGUUUCCUGCAGACGACAGGUCGCAGCCCGUGCACCUGACUGGGUUCAUGGCAUACAAGGCCGGGAUGACACAUGUGGUCAGGACAAAGACGCAGGUUGCGAAGAACAAGCAGCUUUCCCGGGAGAUCAUGGAUGCAGUGACUGUGCUUGAGGCUCCGCCGAUGGUUGUGUAUGGGAUAGUCGGGUAUGAGAAGACUGUCACCGGGCUCCGCAGGCUGCCGAUUGUGACGGCGGCGUAUGUGAGCGAUGGGGUUCUCCGCAGGAUGUUCGGAAACAGGUACGCGUCGAAGGAGAGUGCAGGCCAGUUCUGCAAGGGCUCUGUGUGUGAGUCCCGUGUUGAGAUGAUCAAGGAGAGGGCACACUGUGUCCGGGUUCUUGUGCAGACGCAGCCGACGCUGAUCAAGGGCCUUGGGCUGAAGAAGGCACACAUUGCAGAGAUCCAGGUGAACGGAGGAAGCAUUUCUGAGAAGGUUGAGUGGGCUCUUGGGAGGCUUGAGAAGGAGAUUGCGAUUGGAGAGGUGUUUGGGGUGAACGAGAACAUCGACACGAUCGGGGUGACGAAGGGAAAGGGGUUCCAAGGGACAGUGAAGAGGUUUGGUGUGCGCAAGCAGCCCAGGAAGUCGCGCAAGGGGAUCCGGAAGGUUGCAUGCAUUGGGGCGUGGCACCCGAGCCGGGUGAUGUACUCGAUUGCACGUGCGGGGCAGAUGGGAUUCCAUAGAAGAACGGAGAAGAACAAGAGGGUGUACAUGAUUGGAAAUGGGAGCAGCAACAUCAAGACGGAGUUUGACCUUACGGAGAAGCCGAUUUCGCCGAUGGGAGGAUUUCCGCACUAUGGAGAGGUUCGGAACGACUUUAUUAUGGUGAAGGGCGCGGUUGUGGGGGCCCGGAAGAGGGUUGUGACGCUUCGGAAGAGCCUUCUCCGACAGAGGGCUGGAGAGGAGCUUGUGAUCAAGUUUGUCGACACGUCGUCGAAGAUAGGACACGGGAGGUUCCAGACAAGUGCAGAGAAGAAGGCGUUCUACGGAGCCAGGAAGGCUGACAUUGCUGCCGAGAUCCAUUAA